AUGACUCUGGUCAAGCAGGCAUGCGACUGUUGUCGCGUUCGUCGAGUAAAAUGUGAUGGUAAAGGACCAUGCGGUCGUUGCAUUCAACGCGAUUUGAAUUGUACUUAUCUCCAACCGUUAAGAAAACGAGGUCCAAAGUCUAUCAGGUCAAGAAACCUUAAAAAAAUAGCCUGUGUACAGAGGGUUAGUGAGGACAGCAGUACAAUGACUGCUUCGAGGGUUCCCACGAAGGUUCCAAAGGUGCUGAUUGACCAAUGUUUAAGGCUGUACCAUGAUAAUUUAUACGUGAUCUGGCCUUUACUCUGCUAUGAUGAUCUUCACAAGCUCUUGGAAGAAAAAUUCGAUGAUUGCCACGUUUACUGGUUUUUGGUAGCUCUUUCAGCAGCCACUCUUAGCGAUUUGCAUACCGGAAUAGAAUCUGAGGAAGGACUCUAUUAUACUGGAAGGCAGUUGUCAGUUCUCUGUAUGUCAUCACGCCAAGACUUCGACGAUCUUAGUAGCAGCGACAUAUUCAAGAUUAUGACAUAUUACUGCUUGCUUCGUUGUUUUGCUCAGUUUGCUGAUACAGGAACUUCAUACAGACUUUCUUGUGAAGCUGUUGGCCUUAUCAAGGUCGGCGAAUUGCAUCUUGAAGAAACGUAUGAAUCUCUUUCAUUUGAUGAGCAGCAGCUUAGACGGAAAGUUUAUUAUUUGCUUCUUUUAACGGAAAGAUACUAUUCCGUGUAUAUUCAUUGUGCGACAAGCUUGGAUUCCUCAAUAUCUCCACCACAACUUGAAGAUGUAACUGACCCUCGGCUUUCCCUGGAUAGUUUUCUUGAGAUGAUCAGGGUUUUCACUGUACCAGGAAAAUACUUCUUUGAUGCUUUAGCUAGUAACUCUGAGAAUGUUUCUUGUACAGAAGACUCUCUAAAAAAAAUAUGGAAAGAACUUCAUACAUCGUCACUGGAAAUAGAGCCAUGGUCUUACGGAUACGUAGACAUUUCAUUUUCUCGGCACUGGAUAAGAGCACUAGCUUGGAGGCUGGUGUUUCGAAUGAAGGGCGCCAAUUUUUUUUCGAAUAGUAACAAUGCCCACAUACCAGUCGAAAUUGCCAGGGAUAUGCUAGACGAUAUAUUUCUAAGUCCAAACAAUCUUUAUGAAGUUCACGGUCCUGGUAUAUCAACAAAAGCUCUAGAAAUCGCCAAUGCAUUAGUGGACGUCGUAAAACAGUAUGACCAAGAUAUAGAAUCGGAGGCUUGGAGUACUUUGUGCGAUGUCGUCAAGUUUGUUUUCUCUUUGAAACAGUGUGAUAAUAAAAUGAUUCAGAGAUUUUCAACUAAAUGUCAAAGCGCCCUUAUUACUCUACCUAUUACCAGACCGUUGCAACCAAACGGUGACUCUAAAGACGAUACUGAUAUAAUCCUUUAA